UUGAUAAGCUUAUCGUGUAACAAAUUGGUUGGUUUAAUCCAACGCUCAUUUCCAUCACUAUCCCAUUCAAAAAUAAUUUAAUUAAUAUAUUAUUAAAAUUCUUGUCUUGGAUAUUACAAACUCCAAAUCCUCUGUUCGAGCUCAAAACAGUGAAACGUUGACCAAUUGGAUGAGCCAAUGAGAGGAAGCCACGCGGCAUACACGUAGCGGAGAAGAAAAAAACGCCAUGGGAGGGUAGCUCAAUAGGAUCUAUGAACAAGACCAGCCACGUGGCUUCACCAAGUCAAUGACAGCAUUGAAAUUCAUACACAAUGGGAAGAACACCAUGCUGUGAAAAAGAAGGCUUGAAGAAAGGCCCAUGGACUCCUGAAGAAGAUCAGAAGCUCAUUGAUUAUAUUCAAAAACAUGGCUAUGGAAAUUGGAGAACACUCCCCAAAAAUGCAGGUCUCCAACGAUGUGGGAAGAGCUGUCGUCUGCGGUGGACGAACUAUCUUAGACCUGAUAUUAAGAGAGGACGAUUUUCAUUCGAGGAAGAAGAAGCGAUUAUUCAGCUUCAUAGCAUUUUGGGUAACAAGUGGUCUGCGAUUGCUGCUCGAUUACCGGGGAGAACUGAUAACGAAAUAAAGAAUUAUUGGAAUACCCACAUUAGAAAAAAGCUUCUGAGAAUGGGAAUCGAUCCGGUAACUCAUAACCCGAGGCUUGAUGUUUUGGAUUUAUCGUCGAUUUUGGGGUCAUCUUUUUACAAUAAUCCCAAUUCUCAAAUCAACAGUUUCUCAAGGUUGAUUGGAAUUCACAAUAGAUUGGCCAAUUCCUUCAUGUCGUUUAACAAUAUGUCUCAUUUUUCGAUGCAAAACGUUGAAAAUCAUGAACAGUCCAACAUGAUCAUAUCUCAAUCACAGUUGCUUCCUCCCCAACAACCCCACUACCAAAUUGACCAAUCGCCAGCUCUUCCGCCGCUGCAUGAAGCCUCCGCCGGAUGCAGCCCGUCCACCACCACCUCUUGCGGCGGAGAAGCCUAUUUAUUCCCAUCAUCAAACUUCUCUGACUUCUACUCCCAAAAUUGCCAACAACAAACUCAAGAAUUGAACGGUUUCGAUUACUCGGAGUGUGCUCUUCCAAGUUACGAUUUUUAUAAACAAGAACAAGAACAAGAACAAGUUCAUCAACAAGUCAUCGAGCCUUCCCCCGAAACGUCGACUCUGAACUCGAGCCCGACGCCAUUGAACUCAAAUUCCACAUAUUUCAGUACUGCCAAUGGCAAUGGGACUGAUCAGGAUGAGAAAGAAAGCUACUGCAGCGAUUUUUUUAAGUUCGAAAUCCCCGAUUUGUUGGAUGUUAAUCCUUUCGUGUAACCCGUAGUAUCAUACAACCUUUUAGAAUGAUACCUUGUAAAUUU